AUGUCUCAGGAUGCAGGGUCUCAUGGCUUCAUCCACCCAAGUUGUGCCAUUAGGACUCCUGAGGAUGAGGGCGUUCAUGAAAUGGGUUUUGUCGCUACAUUUCAGCCCGAUUCACGACCUUUGCCGCUCGGUUACAGUGACGCGCGCGUGCUCUGCAGCCCUGCGCCAUUGGAAGAACGCAGACUUUUACGCACGGGGAACCCCUCUCGGGGCGGUUACGAUGCGGAAAGUGGUGACGACAGAUGCAUCCUUAACAGGCUGGGGUGCCACCCAGGAGGGCAGAACGGUGAACGGUCUGUGGCCAAACAGACUACGUUCAGCACAUAUAAAUUAUUUAGAGCUUUUGACCAUUUGGAAAGCUCUGAAUCAUUUUCUGCCUCGCCUGCAGGGACAUCACGUGCUGGUACGGUGCGACAAUACCACGGCUGUGGCAUAUAUCAACCGUCAGGGCGGCUUGCGCUCGUCGAAACUUCACCUUCUAGCUCACAAGCUCUUGGUGUGGAGCAGACGGGUUUUCUUGUCGCUACGCGCGACUCACGUCCCAGGCAUUCUGAACAUCGGCGCAGAUCUGCUGUCGAGGGGAAACCCAAUCUACGGGGAUUGGCGUCUCCAUCCGCAGAUAGUGGAAAUGCUAUGGAUGAGAUUCGGACGGGCGAGCGUAGAUCUAUUCGCCUCGCGCGAAAACUGCCAUUGUCCUAUGUUCUUCUCUCUAAGGGACAUGGACGCGCCCCUCGGGGUAGACGCACUGGCCCACCCAUGGCCGAGAGUGCUCCUGUAUGCUUUUCCUCCCCUGUGCCUGAUAAUUCCCACAUUGGCCAGGGUGAGAGAGCAGGGCCUGUCUCUCAUUCUGAUAGCACCCAGAUGGCCCAAAGCACCGUGGCUGGCGGAGAUAAUCCCUCUGUUAUACGCCGAGCCAUUGUGCCUUCCCGUUCGCACGGAUCUAUUAUCCCAAGCCAACGGGGAGAUUUACCACCCCCACCCGGACAGGGUGGCUCUCUGGGCCUGGCCCGUGAGAGGACGAACCUGAACGCACUUGGGCUUUCGCCGCGUGUGGUCACCACUAUUCAGAAUGCCAGGGCCGUCUCGACACGGUCCUUAUAUGGCUGUAAGUGGCAAGUGUUCGAGGGGUGGUGUGAUGGGCGCGGUAUCACAUCUUAUCAGUGUUCAGUUCCUGAUAUUUUGUGUUUCCUUCAAGACCUCAUGGAUAAAGGCAGGUCUUUUUCCACCAUUAAGGUCUACUUGGCUGCUAUUUCAGCCUGUCAUGUGGGUUUUGAGGGCUCGACCGUCGGUCAGCACCCUCUAAUCCGCAGAUUUAUGAAGGGUGCACGCCGCUCUUUGCCAGUCGUCAGGAGAACUGUCCCGGAGUGGGACCUCUCCAUGGUGCUGGAAGCUCUGUCUCAACACCCUUUUGAGCCUUUGGAUAGUAUAUCCCUUAAGCUGCUAUCUCUCAAGACAGCUUUGCUUUUGGCCUUGGCAUCUGCUAAACGUGUCAGUGAGCUACAUGCACUCUCGGUUCAUCCCUCGUGCUCUAAGUUCUCUCUUAGUGGAGAUAAGGUCUUCCUUAAGCCUAACCCGGCCUUCAUGCCGAAGUGCUUCCCUGCAUUCACUUCGGAGGUGUUGGAGCUGUCCGCUUUUCACCCUCCACCUUUUACCUCUCUAGAGGAUCAGAGGCUGAACGCUCUGUGUCCAGUCCGUGCCUUACAGGCAUAUAUGACGAGGACGAAUGCUUUCCGGAAGAGCGACCAGCUCUUUGUUUCAUGGGCUCCCCCUCACUUAGGGAGUCCAAUUUCGAAGCAACGCCUCUCACAUUGGGUUGUGGAUGCUAUUACCAUGGCUUACAAAGCAAAGGGAGUGCAGCCCCCUAGGGGCAUCAGAGCUCAUUCCACAAGAGGUUUAGCCACCUCUUGGGCUCUGUUUAGGGGAGUGUCACUGCAGGACAUCUGCUCCGCUGCCAGUUGGGCUUCUCCUCAUACCUUCGUGCGCUACUACCGGCUGGAUGUCACCAGUACCUCGGUAGCACAUUCGGUUCUAGGGGUGGGGUCGUCUUAGCCCCUCCCUGUAACCCUGUUGGUAUAUAUAACCAUUAGGAGUGAAUGGGCUGACUGGCCAUGUUCAUUCCUGUCACCAAUCACCAAUCACUCCCCCUUUCGGGUAUAGAUUAUGUCUUGGUGGGUUGGGGUUACUAUCUCGCAUGUGUCCCAUGCGUAUUUCAUGUCCUGCUUGUCCACAUUAGUUAGGUGUGGUUUCACCUUCGCAGGCUCAUGAUUAAGGGACGUGUCAGGCACCGCCUCCCCGAGGUGACCGUCCUUCUCUGGCUCCAGAACCUCACUGUGAGUGUAUUGGGCAAUCGGGGAGCUGUCCAUGUCUCUCCCAUAGGUGGAUCUCGAACACGAGAUGAUGAAAGAGAACAAUAGGUUACUAUCGUAACCCCGGUUCUCUGAAACAUCGAGUGGAGAGAUCCACCAGCUUUGCCCCGCUUGCCGCACGAGAAGCGAAUAUACUUACUGAGGAAUAGCAGCGCGCCCAGAUGUUAUAUGCCCGUGGGUGAGGGGUGUGGCCUCAUCGGGCAUUGGCCGCGCGCUUCUGUCUGUCUAGCCAGACUUGGUGCAAUUGGAUGCUUCUGCAGAGGUCAGGUACGGAUGCCCUUCCCAUAGGUGGAUCUCUCCACUCGAUGUUUCAGAGAACCGGGGUUACGAUAGUAA